AUGAAUCCUUCCAUUCCACCUUCGACUGCUGAGUACGGUGGAGACGAGAUAUCGGCGAUUGUUCUCGACCCUGGUUUUUCGACGACACGCGCAGGGUUUGCGGGCGAAGAUACACCGAAAUCAGUGAUCCCCACAUAUUACGGGAAAUACAACUAUGAAGGGCAAGAUAAGCUUGUCUUCGGCGACGACAUCUUUGUUACUCCCCGGCCCGGUUUAUCGAUCCACAACCCUAUGGGAAGAGAUGGAAUCGUGGAGGAUUGGGACAUGGCGGAGAAAGUGUGGGAGUACUCGUUCACAUCGCGAUUGACCGGUGCGAAGCCCGGGAAUCCAUUCCAAAACGGUCUGAACGAUGUCCCCAGCGGCGAACUUCCUACGGAGAUGGAGGGGGUCGAAUUGGAGGAGAAGCCUCUUGCGGACAGCCCGCUCCUCAUGACCGAGUGUGGCUGGAACCCUACGAAAGCGCGGGAGAAGACCGUCGAGAUUGCAAUGGAAAAAUGGGGGACGCCGGCUUUCUACCUGGCGAGAAACGGUGUGCUUGCGGCCUUCGCUGCUGGCAAGGCCUCUGCUUUGAUCAUCGACAUUGGCGCUUCAAAUAUCUCCGUGACUCCUGUUCAUGACGGAAUGAUCCUGAAACGCGGCGUGCAACACUCCCCCCUUGGCGGCGACUACAUCUCGUCGCAGGUCCGCGCCUUGUUCAAAAGCAACUCCCCGCAGCCCAUCACCGUCACCCCUCACUAUCUCAUCUCCUCCAAGACAGCUGUCGAAGCUGGUCAGCCCGCACAAGCUAAGUACAAAACAUUCCCUGCGGAUAAGGCACCGGACGUCUCCUACCGCGCCCUCAUGGAAGAGCGGACGUUGGCCGAGUUCAAGGAGUGUGUCGUCCAGGUGUGGCCGGGGCCCAACAAGCUCUCUGCCACCGGGUCGAACGGAGUCUCAAACGAAGAGCUUGCGAGAAGCAGCCCCGGAAGACCAUUCGAGUUCCCCGACGGCUAUAACCAGGUAUUCGGUAUCGAUCGGUACAGGGUGGUGGAAUCGCUGUUCGACGCCAAAGCCGCCAUCCCGGAUCCCGAGUCGGCGUUCCCACCGCCCACACAGGCGCAGACUGUGCCGGAACUGAUCAAGGCUGCUCUGAACGGCGUCGACGUCGAUGUGCGUCCGCACCUGCUGGCGAACGUCGUCGUCACGGGUGCAUCAAGCUUACUGUAUGGCUUCACCGAUCGCCUGAACCAGGAGCUCCUGCAGAGUUUCCCCGGGCCCAGAGUAAGGAUCUCCGCGCCUGGGAACACUUCCGAGCGGAAGUUCGGCUCAUGGGUGGGAGGAAGCAUCCUGGCGAGCCUGGGAACCUUCCACCAGAUGUGGAUCUCGAAGAAAGAGUACGAGGAGCAUGGCCCGAACAUCGUUGAAAAGCGCUGCAAGUAG